AUGGAAAAGGGAAAAGCAGCUAUGGAAAAUAUGAAAAAAAUGAAAAUUCCACCGGGAAGUAAAGGACCAGCGGCAUCUUUAGUAAAAGUUGCCGUAUUUACAGGUGCUACAAUCUAUGGAGCGUAUCUCUCGAUCUACAAUGUACCACCAGGACAUCGUGCUGUUGUUUAUAGUCGUGUGGAUGGGGUUGGUCGUCAAGUGAUUGAACAAGGCACGCAUUUUCUUGUGCCGUGGCUUCAACGUCCACUUAUUAUGGACGUUCGUACACGUCCACGUACUUAUGCGUCACUUACGGGUACAAAGGAUUUGCAGAUGAUUAAUAUUUCAAUCCGUGUCCUUUCGAAACCGGAUCGUUCCCGUCUUCAAUGGUUGUAUCAGAAUCUUGGCAUGGACUUUGAUGACAAGGUACUGCCUUCGAUCGUUAAUGAGGUGACGAAACAGGUCGUGGCUCAAUUUACAGCUGCCGAGUUGAUUUUCCAGCGUGAUCAUGUUAGUCGACUCAUUAUUGAGAACUUGAAACGUCGUGCGGACCGAUUUGCCAUUAUGUUGGAAGAUGUGUCUAUCAUUCAUUUGACAUUUGGCGCAGAGUACACGGCUGCUAUUGAGGCCAAGCAAGUGGCGCAGCAGGAUGCUGAACGUGCUCGUUUUGUUGUCGAACGUGCCCUUCAAGAGAAGAAAAGCACGGUCAUUCGUGCUCUUGGUGUGGCCAAGUCGGCUGAGCUUGUUGGUGAAGCCAUCAAGAACAAUCCGGCCUUUGUGCAAUUGCGUCGUCUCGACGCUGCAAAAGAAAUUGCGACCGUCAUUUCUCGCUCGGCUAAUAAGGUUUACUUGACGUCGGACUCCCUGCUGCUCAACAUUUUGCAAGACACUAACCAAUCUUCGUACGUGUAUUGGCACUAG